AAGGCCGCAGUCCAGCCGCCCGUCGCGGGCGAUGGCCGCUCGCGCGCCAUGUCCACGCGGGGCGCGCCAUGGGGCAGCGACGGCGGCUCGCGGGCGCUGGCCUGGCAGCGGCCGUGGUGCUGCGGGGCUGCAGUGCUGGCGGUGGUGUGGACCUUGCUGCACCUGCUCAUUUUGCAGCGCCGCGCUUCUAGCCCAGCGGCGGCCUACUGGGCGGUGACCGCGACGUUGGCGGCGCUGGCUGGUGCGCUCGCCUGUUGCCAGCGCCAGCGGCGCCGCCGCGGAAGAGUGGCAAAGGCUGGGAAGACAGCGGCGGUGGUCCUUCACCCGCCGCCGCACCAGCCGAAGGUGAUAGUUGGCGCCUCGGCGAAGCAGGUGUUCGACGUGCAGUGGAGCAUCAACGGGAGGGACCUCUCCGCUAGCAAGUUCAACCGCCCCGCAGGCAACGGCACCAGCGGCCGCUUCCUGCGGGCGGAUGUGGACUUGGUGAGCGACCGGUUCCAGCUGGUGGAGGCAGAGGACCGCCCCGGCCACUUCGCGCUCCAGCAGCUGGACGGCCGAGGCGUGCUGAAGAGCCAGCUGACCACGUACGGUCAGGUCCGGGCCAUCAGCAUGGAUAUGCUGCUCUACAUGGGCGAUGGCGAGUACGGCACGCUGAUCUUGCUAAAUCAGGAGGGCGAGUACGGCCAGACCAGGAAGUUUCCGAUCCUGAUGGCCGACCCUCCCAGUGAGAUCAUCAAGGGGAUGGUAGGUGCCGCUGCUGGCCAGCAGGUGGCGUCCUUCGCGAAGGACCAGCAGCGAGGUUUUCAGAAAACAUUGAAUUCUUACCCUCCCCUGUCGUCCCCGCUUGCCCUCCCCCUCUCCAUGCUUCCCUACCUCCACAAUUACCCCGUAGCUCGCUCCCCCCGUUCGCCGGCUGCACAAAUGGUGCCCUACCAGGAGGGUUUUUGGCCUCUGGCAUUCUCGAGUAUCCAGGGCCUCUGCUCCCGGUUUCUGAUCCCCCCAUUUUGUCCUCUGCCCCAGGACUCCAUGGUUGAUCCCUUCAGGAGGGAUUCUCCGAGAAAUGCCAGUCGCAGCCAUAGCGACCCGCGAUCAUUCUCAACGGUGCACUUCUGCAGAUGAGACUUCAAGGUCACGAUCUGAAGGGAGGCGGACGGUCCGUGCGUCAUGGUUGGUUGCCACGCCGGAAUCUGAGCCACUGUCUUGGCAUCCAUCAGUCCGCGUGUUUCCCUUUGGACUUGUUGCUGGUCUGCCUUUGAGUCCCAGCUUUGUCGAUCGAACCGCGCUCCUGGUACAGGAGUGGCCGUUUGGUGCAGCCAUUGCCAAUGCGUGUGUUGAAUUUGUUCUUAGUUGUUCUCGAGCUGAGUGACGCAGGCAAACUGUGCCAGCUGCGCGGACACUGGCGCGGAAGCUGCGCGCAUAAUGGUUGCACGUCAGCGUCCAUCAUUCGAGCGCGGUGCGUGGAGUAUUGCGAGACGCUUGCAGGCGAUAUUUUGAGAGUGGGGAGCGUUCACGCGUGUGAGGCAGCUCCUCCGCCGUCGUGAGCAUGAACCGCAUGAGCUCCGAGAAGUUUCACAGGAUGAGCUCGGACUCCAGCUCCUGGCUCUGCGCGGCCCAGGUCAGGUUUAAGAACGAGGUCUCUCAGAAGCUCGGCAAGGACUUCACCCUGCUCUGCCACGAGAGCAAGGCCGAGUUGUGGUGGACGGAGAGCGACUUCGCAGAAUUCUUGCAGGUGCGUGUGGAGAUCGGCAAAGCCUACCGCGCGGCGGCCAAGAAUAUGGGCCUGAACCUCCUCGAGG